GAGUUGCCAAGAAUCGGUCAAACUUUUGCACCGGUGGUGAUUUGAUUCGAGCGUCAGGUUGUCAUGGUAAGCGGCGGCAUGGCCGGGCAGCACUACUGCCUGCGCUGGAACAACUACCAGUCGAACAUGACGUCCGUUUUCCAUCAACUUUUACAAACCGAAGCGUUCGUGGACGUCACACUGGCAUGUAACGAGGCCUCAUUGAAAGCACACAAGGUGGUAUUGUCAGCGUGCAGUUCCUAUUUUCAAAAACUACUACUCUCGAAUCCCUGCAAACACCCGACGAUCAUCAUGCCACAGGAUGUCUGUUUCAAUGAUCUCAAGUUCAUCAUAGAGUUCGUCUACAGGGGUGAGAUCGACGUCUCGCAAGCCGAACUUCAGUCGCUAUUGAAAACGGCCGACCAGCUGAAGAUAAAGGGCCUCUGCGAGGUCCCGGAAAGCAGAGACGGUCCGCCGUCGGUGAGCCUGAGCUCGCCACCGCGGGAACCAGGCACACCCAGGAUAAAUUUCGCGAAGCUGAAGAGGCAUCAUCCUCGAUACAAAAGAGCGAGGACCACGUUCGAGCCUCGCGCGACCGACUCGAGGCAUUACGACCGAUACAAAGAGGAGGAAUCGAACGAGGAUUACAAUCCGGAGAACAAAGAGAAUCACAUAGACUGGCAGGCCGAAGAUGAAGAUUGCACGGAGGGAACAACCGCAACAGUAGUCUUGGAAACGUGCCAACGGAACAACAAUAAUAAUAACAAUAACAACAGCGGUAACGGUACGAACAACAAUAACAACGGCGACAUGUUCUGUCAUACAGGGCUCGGCCAUUAUGGACAUCAUCCGGAUCCUGGGGAGGUCGAUCUACCCCCGGAAACUCAACCCACCCCACCUAGUGCGACUCUGGUUGGCACUACGAUCACCCACCUAAGAGAUCCGGAUCAUCAUUCGACAGAGAUUCAGAACUGUGACAGUGUGAAGAUAAAGUUCGAGACGUUGCACACGAUGGACUCUACGGACACGAUCGACAUAGACAGCCACAUGUCCGAUCGGGCGAGCGUCAGUUCGAAGAACGCAGCGGACAGCGACAACAUGAUGAUGAUCACGCCUGAGCUGCUCGGUUUAAUGCCGUCUGGAAGUUCCGUGCACUCGGAUUCAGGUGAGAACAACUCGAGGGGCCAUUCCGGGCAGUCGAGUUCCCAUCAUCACGGAUCGAAAUCGUGGACCCAGGAGGAUAUGGACGCCGCUUUGGAAGCAUUGAGGAACCAUGACAUGAGCCUGACGAAAGCCUCCGCAACUUUCGGUAUACCAUCGACGACGUUAUGGCAAAGAGCGCACCGGUUAGGCAUAGACACACCAAAAAAGGACGGCCCGACGAAGUCGUGGAGCGACGAGAGCCUCAACAACGCUCUCGAGGCGCUCAGAACCGGCACGAUCUCUGCGAACAAGGCCUCGAAAGCGUUCGGUAUACCGUCGAGCACGUUGUACAAAAUCGCGAGGAGGGAAGGCAUCAGGCUAGCCGCGCCUUUCAACGCAAGUCCGACCACAUGGUCGCCGGCCGAUCUGGAUCGCGCACUGGAAGCGAUCAGGUCCGGUCAGACGUCCGUGCAGAGAGCCUCCACCGAAUUCGGUAUACCAACGGGUACCUUGUAUGGUAGAUGUAAGAGGGAAGGAAUCGAGCUGAGCAGGAGUAAUCCCACGCCGUGGAGCGAGGAUGCUAUGACAGAAGCUCUCGAGGCUGUCAGAUUAGGUCACAUGAGCAUCAAUCAAGCAGCUAUUCAUUAUAAUCUACCCUAUUCGUCGUUGUACGGUCGGUUCAAAAGGGGGAAGUACGAAGAACCGUCGGUCGGCGAUAUGUCGCAAGACGGUAGCAAUCCGCAUUUCCAUCAGAGUCCGAAUCAGAAUCAUUCGUCCGUCGUUCCGGAUCAGAUGCCCUACCAAGGCAGCUGAAACUUACCCCUCUAUUAGAGCGUUAAGUUAACUUAAACAUUGAAUUCGUCUGGGCUAACCGUUGCUCGUGCGGAUUCGUCGAAAUGGAUAAAAUAAAAGAUCGUACCGCGGACGGAAAAUAGAGCCACCGACCAAAACUUGUUGCAGAAAGAUUCGUUCAAGAAUCUGCGAGAAACUCGCGAAAGGGGCCAAGCGAUUGGGCCGUCGGGGAGAUGACAGGGCUGGGGGACACACAGUAUUAAAGGUGGAUUACCGUUUUAAGGCAAUAUUGUGUACAUUGUAUGAUUUUUAUGUCGAACCGAAAAAAACGUAGACUAAUUCUAACUUAUAAGAAUUAUUUAUAAAGAACACUUGUACAGUCGGGGGUGAAUCCCGGUAAAACCUACUUGUAGCGUGUAAGUCGCCCACGGGGUCGAUAAGCGAGAGAAUAUAAAAUAUUCUAUGAACGGAUAUCUUUUAACUAAAAUUUAAAUAACGGGACACAAUCGAUCGAUAACUAAAUUCUUAUUAACGCGUUCUGUUCUCCCUUUGUUCUCUCGACCGUCUUAUUCUGUUUGUUCUUAAAAUGCAGCUUCGUUUUUGUACUCGCGACCGAGAGAUCGGUGCGUCUUGGGAAGGCGUGAACAAUGCUAUUCCGUAUAUGAAUAAAGAAUUUGUUUAUUUGUCAAAUGUUUAGGUAGGAUUGAAAAAAAAAAAGAGUACAGGUCACACAUGUACACUGAGGACACUGUACACAUUGGUACGCACACACUGCGCCAUGAUUCUUCUAUAUUUACAAAAUUAAAAUACGUAACCCCAAAAGUCACAUGUUUGAUAACGUUAUCGAAAAUGCAAGGUAA